ACUUCAUUCUUCUUAUUAUUCUUAUUAUAUUCUUAUUAUCAUCAUGAAUUCAGUCUUUGAUAAUCAGUUCUCAAUUUCUCAAUCUGAAAAUGAAUCUCAACUGCUUUCUACUUACUCUCAACCUACUCUUUCAAAUCUCAUUAGUUCAAUUACCAAUCUAGUCAUCAAAGCAAAUCAAGAUUAUAAUCACCAAACCCUCAACUCUCUUAUAAGUCUUCAAGAAACGAACAGGUCCAAAACUGGACUAUUCGGAUCAUCACCUUACUUGAACUUGGGCUCCUCUUCAAUUCAAGAUGAUCUUCCAUCUUGUUUUAAAUUUUAUCUUUCGAUUUCGACUACUUCUCCUAAAUCGAUCAUAUCACCUUUACUCAACUUAUUUAAAUCAGAAUCAAAUCAAAUCAUCCAAAAUCCCAAUCGAAUCACAAGAAUUCGGUUGAGUUUUAAUAGAGAACUUCAACUUGAUUCUAUUAAACUUGAUUCUGAUUUGAUUUCUAAUCUCGAUCAUCAUUCUUUAUCACAUUCCAUUCCUAUGACUCAAACAUCAAUCAUCAAAAUUGAAGAAAUCAAGGUGUUACAUGAAAGAUUGUCAUCUGAUGAUCUCGAUCAAUCCUUUAUUUCACGAUUGGUAGUUUUAUUGUGUCUUCCUUUCUUCAGCAUGGUCAUCAAACUCAUUCAAUUCACGUCUAACUAUAUGACUUCAUUUGAAACUCUUCCGUACAAACUUGGCCAAUUCCUCAUGAAAUUCUCUCAUCGAACGGUAGCACAAGCUGAGAAUAAAGCUAAUCAACAUCGAAUCAUGGAAAAGGAAUUCUUACGAGUCAUCAAAUCGGAACUUGAACGUCUCUUUAUUCCACCUGAUGCAUCCAAUACAGCUUCUUUUAACCUCGGUCUAUCUUCUGCUUCGUUUUCGGUCUCUCCUCCUGAUCUUUACUCUCCCUCGCGAGGUUCACAAGACGUCCAGAGUCAUCUACUCGGUACAGCUCGAGAACCAUCCUCUUCAGAACCUCGUAGCAAGGCAGAGGAUGGAUUUGGAGUGUUGAGUGACGCAGACAAGUCCUUGGGUCGAGCCAUCGAAGAACCUGUACCGUGUUUUUGUUUGAAGAAUGUAAAGUUUGGUCAAUUAUUGCAUACCUUUACAAUUUGUUUAAUCUUUCAACUUUAUUGGACUUCAGUCAACAUGAUCUCACGACUCGAACUUGCGAUCACUCAAUACGCUUACCGAUUUGUACUCUGGAUCAAUCCUAAUCAACGACGUCAUUCAGCUUCAUCUUCAGCUAGUCAUAACAGUCCUAGACCAAAAGAGAUUUCCAAUAAGCCUUUCAGAAUUUCUCAGUCGAUCAAUUCUCCUCUACCUUCCUCGAUUAUGAAACCUACUGCGGACAAUUUUCAAAAUUCGAUUCCAAUACCGGGUAGAGUGAUUAGAAAUGUUUCUUGGGAUAAUGGAUCGAUUUUAGGAUACCCAGGUGUUUCUAAUAAUACCGAUCAAGAGAUGAUGGUGGGUAAAAUUCCACAUUUACAUAGAAAGGAUAGUAAAGUGUUGCCGAAGAGUCCUAAACCGAUUUUAACUCACGCGUCCAAGAACAAUCAUCCAAAAAUUGAAAAGAUUCAAUUUGGACAUCAAUCGAGUUUAAACAAGAUGGCGAAUGAAGUUUUAGGAAAGGCAUCAGAUGACCAAGAGGAAGAGGAUGAGGAUGAGGAAGCAGAUGAUAAGGAAGAAGAUCGUGAUGUAGAGGAUGAAGAGGAAGAUCAAGAAGAAGAAUCAGAAGAUGAAUUGAGUGUAGUGAUCAAUGAGUAUGAAUACAAUGAAGAACGCAGUCCGACACCAAGUCCAGAAGAUUCCAUGAAAUUUCCCAUCACACCUGAAAUCACUCAAACUGGUCAAACUUUUAAAGAUGUCGAAUCACUUGAUAGUUUAGAAAAGUUUCCUUCUAGGUUAUUCAAAGAAUCUGAUUUAUUAAUUCAAUCUUCAAAAGCACUUGAAAUGAUGAGAGUUCAAGAGAAUAUAGGUAGUAGUAGAAUUGAAACUGGAGAAUAUCAUUCUUGAUACUUUGGUUGGGUUAGACCUUGUUUUUGAGGUGUUUUAGUGUGCUUUUUUUGUUGGUACAGUAGGGUUUCUUUUCGUCUUUUUGAUUCAAUUUAAUAGCAUUUACCCCAACAUGUAUCAAUUUGGAUUUCUCUCUGAAGAAAGCUUUUAAUUCAUGUAGACAAUCUGAUUUGUAUUGUUGUAUUAUUUUUUGGUCAUUGAUUAUUUGAAAGUUUAUCAAGUUAAGUUAUUUAAUGUAACUUAUCAUCAGAUUCAAUAUUGGAUUGUAGAGUAAUUAGUUAAUUGAAAGAAGAAGUCAAAAACCAGAAAUUAGCAAAAUCAAAUGUUGUAAUAACCUUUGUGUUUUUGUGUGUGUUUGUUUUUGGUUAUCAUUCCCAUGUCUUUUUCUAAGUCUGGGUAUUUAUAAACAAACAAAAGGGUGUUGAACUGGAGUUCUAAGUUCUGGGUGGUUUUUGUAUUACAUUAAUGUUGUGCAGCUUAAAGU